AUGGUAGCCACAGCCAUGCGAGAGUUUUUGAACCUGACCACUGCACUGACGGUGGUGGCGGUCUGCGCCUGCACUGUCCUUCUGACCGGGGAUGUCGCCUUCACCGCGGGCCUGAGCCGUGGGCCACAGCUGCCCUCACACUUGUCCGGGUCGUCGAGCCUGGUGCGUUCUCCUUUCGCGUCAGCACACGAGACCUUGGGCACCAAGGGCGUCCUCUGCUAUGGCAUGGGCUUCGGUGUGCUCAUGGCGCUUGGCCGAGGUCUUCUUUCCCAGGUGCGUGUGUCCCGCCAGGCGACCUCGGACAUUGCUGUGCAGGACAAAGCAGACGUGACGGACAAGAUCGCUUACCUGAAGGACAUUCCCCGCACCAUUGUGGAGAAGGACGCCUUGGAGCUGAUCUUGAAGAACACUCCUAAAGACCAGUGGGAAAACCCACCAGAGGACUCGUACCUCUACACGGUCAAGGCCUAUGCAGAGAUGUAUGGCCCAGGAAAGGCUACCAAGAUGGGCUGGUGGGACUACUACAGGAUGAAGAUUGAGCUGCCGGACACCACCAGGCUUGAAUCUGAGCGGGAGCUGCAGGAGAUCGAAGAGUGGGAGAAGCUCAUGAUGGAAGGCAAGAUCCCGUUCGCGGUGCCAGGCCCUUCUGGCUACUGGUUCACCGGCUUCGUGACGCAGUGGAAGGGCAAGGAGCCCUUUGCUGGUGACCAGGUUAUCACGCUCACCGAGAACGGCCUCUUCGCCAAGCAGUUCCUGAGCAAUAUGGCUUUCUACCGUGAGGGCUUGAAGCCUUGGCAGCGUGGCCUGGAGAUUGGCAUGGCCCAUGGCUACUUCCUGAUCGGGCCAUUCACGUCCUUGGGUCCUCUCAGGAACACGCCGGAGGCUGCCACUGUGGGCCUCCUGUGCGGCUGUGCCAUCGUGGGCAUUGUGUCCAUCGGAGGCUUGCUCUUCGGCAGCACCAUCAAGCCCACACGCUUCGACAAGGAAGGUGACAAGCCAGCUGCAGGCUUCAUCGAGAUGAUCAACUGGCACGCCAUCGGCGGACUGGGCGGGGCGGGCUUUGCGCAUGCCCUCAUCACCGUCUUCGGCUCCGGCUGA